AUGAAUAAAUCUGUUUUAUUAGAAAUGCAACUCAAGGAGGCUCUAGAUAGAGAGACUAAUCUCAAAAAGCUUAAUGAAUCCUUAAUGUAAGCCAUGCGUGAUAUGGCAAAUUAAGAUAAGGGCAAGGAAAUUCAUUUGUUAAAUUAACUGCAUUAAUAAGAAUUAUCCAAUCUGAAAACCACUCUUCAAGAAAAAAUCAUCAUCAUUGAAUAUGAAGUAACAUAAAAAUACUAUUUUAAGCAUCGUAAGAAAUCUCAGGAGUUUAUAUAAUUAUAAAAUGAUUACAACCAAUUAUAAUUAGACUAUUAAGAAUUAGAAGCAAAAAAAUGUUUAAAAUGUCUUGAAUUGCAAUAAUAAUUGGAUUAAAUCAUAAAAUAAAAUGAGAUCGAAAAAGAAGGACUAGCUCGUGAAUUUACUGAAGCCCUAACUAAUCAGAAAUCUAUUUUUGAAUAUGUAUACUAAUUUCUUACUAUCUAUAAGGAUUUGAAUUGUCUCAAAUUGAAAUUGAAGGAACUUACCUAUUAAUUGGAUUGCGAAUGUAAGGAAAAGGAGAGAAUGGAAAAAGCCGUUGAAGAAUUAAAUAAGACUCAUGAAUAAGCAUAAAGAAGCUUAAUGUAAUAAAUCGCUGAUUUAAACAAAGCACACAAUGAGACCAUCUAUUAGAAUAAUCAAUAUCAGAUGAAUACUUAACAAAGAGAACAAUUACAAGCAUCAAAGCUUACAUAAAAUGAACAAGAGAAAAUAAUCUUGGAGAAACAACUCUUAGAAUAUAAGGAGAUUAAUUAUAAAUUGGAUUCUUAACUUAAAUUAGUGAGUCAACAAUUGCAUGAUAAAGAAACUCAAUUAGUUGAAUAAAAGACUGAAUUAACUAAGAAGUUGCAUAAUGAAAAAAAAAUUGCAGAAUAAUGCUAAGUUGUUGCUCUCAAAUUGAAAAAUGAUUUUCAAAGAAAAUAGGCUCUCCUUUUUGAUGAGUCUCUCAAAAAGGAACAACAAUUAAAAACUAUUUAGACUCAACUUACAAGAUAGAAGAGCAAGAAUAAAUUCUAUGAAAAUGCUCUUUGUUAAGUUAAUCUCCAAGAAAUCAAGAAUCUAACUCCUAAAUAAAUUAAACACAAGAAAAAUAAUCUUUCUAAUGAUUACAAUACUUCUCGUUAACCUGGACAUCAAAAAAAUACUUUAAGUCAAGGACACAUGGCUAUAAUUAAAUUAUUGCCAACUUCAAUUCAAAAAAGUGAAGCAGACUCUAUACAUUUUAAUCUAACAGAUAUGCUUAAUUCAACUGAUUAACAAAGUUUGUCUUGUAGAUAAUCUAAGGAUGAUAUCACUUACAAUAUUGAAUAAUUCAAUUAUGCAGCCAAAAUUACCUAAACAAAUGAAGAUUCAGUUACUCCAACCUAAAUAUUGACAGAUAGAUAAUUAUCUCCCAGGACUAGAAUUCAAACAGUGAAUCCUAAGGGACCUAUCAAGAAAGUAAGAUAAAUACAAGCAGAUCUAUAUAAAGAAAACGUAAGUGUGAAACCUAAAGUUUGAUACAAAUAAAUUAAAAUUUAAUAGAAUCUAAGAAUAAUA